AUGGAAAAGGAGGUGCAAAUUUGGUGGGAUAUAGCUACUUUAGACUUUUAUGUCAACAACAAUAUAGUACCACGUGGACUAAGACUCUAUAAAAGAUCAACCUACAAACGACAUGAUCCAAUACUUUUAAAAAAAUGGGAUCAACUUCUAGAUAAGGGAUCCCUAUUAUUAAUGGUUUUCCUUAUAAAUGAGAAGAAGAAAGAUCUUACCCAAUUAGACCAGGAAAUUACUGAUUCAAAAAGUGCCAUUCGCCCUCUAGUGGAGAAUGGUGAAUAUGUUGAACUUCUAGACACAAUAGAAAGAAGAGUGAAGGACAUUGAGAUGAACAUAAGGGAGAAUAAAAGAAAGAAAAUUUUGAGAGACCAAGUGGAUUAUAAAACUCAAACCCAAAGAAAUUGGAAGAAAGAUCAAACAUUAAGGUAUCAAUCUCCCCAGAAACAUACAACUGAAUUUGGUUAUCAACGACGGGCAACAUAUAGAGAUACCAAUAUCUCCCAAAGGACAUCCUAUCAAGGUCCCACUAGCAAAUGGACACAGAAUCGACCAAUUCGAAACGAAAGGCAUGACUACAAGGAAUAUCAACAACCUCAAUACAUAAAGAGGAGGUAUAUAGACCAAACAAGACAAUACCAUCCACGCAAUAUGAAGUAUCAAAGUAGGGACCGGCAGACACAAGAUUACAGAAACCAAUAUACUCCGAUUGUUGAAACUCCAGUAUUGGCUCAAAGAAGAAUGGACCCUAAUCAGGCAACUAUGGAAGAAAUAAAGACUCAUUCACUUACACAAAUAGAGAAUGAUUUUUUAGACAGGCGGGGAAGGAUUCCCCCCAAGAGAUUUGCGAUGGAAGACUUCAGGUCCCCAGAUGUGGGAAGAAAAAAAAGGUCAAUAAGAGAAUUAGAAGGAGACAUCGAGCAACAGGAGGACAUCAUUCAACAGAAAAGGAGGAAAUAA